CCAAAUACAUUAGAAUCUGGUCCACAGGCGGGCGCUCUGCCAAGUCACAGAAAGUGCCACGACAUUCGCCGCGGCUGCUCUGAAUCACUGAAAUUCGGAGGUUGGGGAUUAGGACGUGAGGUGCAGGCAGGCAGACAGGCAGACAGACAGACAGACGGGCAGACAUGGACGUGUACGACCCUCAGACCCUGGGCUUCGUGGUGUUCGGCGGCUUCAUGCUGGUGUCGGCGCUGGGCAUCGCGCUGGUCUCCACGCUCUCCAUGAAGGAGACGUCCUACGAGGACGCCCUGGCCGAGCAGCGCCGCAAGCUGGCCCGCCUCCAGCCCUCCGCCGGGCCCGUCAGCGCCGCCGCCUCCUCGCAGGCCCGCGCCGACAAGAAGAAGAAGAACCGGGCCAAGAAGAAAGAGGAGAAGUCCAACGGCAAGGUUGCGGCGGCGGCCGCGGCUGCGGCGGAGGAGGUGGCGGUGACUGAGGAAGACGUGGAGGAAGUGGCAAUUGAAGAACCCGAGCUGGAGCCUGCACAAGAACCUGCUGCCGUGAUCGAACCUGUGAUUGAACCUGUCGCAGAGGUCGUGGUCGUGCCCGAGCCGGAACCACAAGAACCCGAACCGGUUCCUGAGCCCGCCCCGGAACCCGCCGUCGACGCUCCAGCGCCCGUCCCUGUUGUUGCCGUAGAGACACCCGUCGCCCCGUCUCCGGCCGUGGGCAAGAAGAAGAAGAAGGUGGCCAAGGUGGAGCCUGCCAUCGCCAUCGCCAAGGCCCAGACCCCUGCCGCGGUUGCCAUGGUGGCGCCUGUCGUGGUGGAUGUCGCUGUGGAGACGAUGGCCGCCCCACCUGCAGUUGCUGCUGUCGCUCCAAUCGUCGCUGAGGAACCGAAAGCAGAGGCCCCGCCCAGUAAGAAGAGAGGCUCCAGGAAGAAGGCGGAGCCAGUGGCCCCGCUGGAGGUGGCCCCUGAGGCUCCUGCGCUGGCUGGUUUCCCCGCGCUGCUGUCCGCCCUCAGCAGCCUCACCGAGGCCGAGACCCUCAAGGUCAUGGAGAUGCUCGGAGACAAGGCCGAACACGACUCCUGGCAACUGGCAUCUCAGAAGGGAGACCCGGUGAAGAAACAGCUGGAGGAUAAGGAGAAGCUUCUGGCAGUGGAACAGGAGAGCUCCGUUACAGCCAAGAACCGUCUGAAGGAACUCACCAAGGAGCUGAGCACGGAGAAGUCUCGCCUGGCGUCCGUGGAGACGCGCAUGAGCUCGGAGCUGAGCAGCCGGCAGCAGGAGCUGAUCGCCCUCCAGGCGCGCAUGCAGGCCUCCUACCAGGAGCACCUCGUGGAGACCCAGCAGCUCACCAGCCAGAUCCAGGGUCUGCAAGAGCAGCUGGAGAACGGACCCAAUGCCCAGCUGGCCCGCCUGCAGCAGGAGAACUCCAUCCUCAGAGACGCCCUCAACCAGGCCACCAGCCAAUCAGAGAGCAGGCAGAACGCAGAGAUGGCGAAGCUCCGUCAGGACUGCGUGCGCCUCGGCAGGGAGCUCAGCGACCGCACCAACGCCCAGCAGGCCGAGGAGGAGAACCGGAAGGUUCUGGAAGCCAAGAUGGCCGCCGGCGAGGAACAGCUGGCCCAAAUGCAGGUGCGCUCCCAGGAGACGGAGCGUGCGCUGCAGCAGGAGUUGGAGCGGGUGGGCGCUCAGCUGCAGCUGGCCCUGGAGGGCAGCGGGGGACUGCAGCAGCAGCUAGAGUAGGCACAGCAACAGGCUGAUACACUCCACGAGCUUCAGGAGCGUGUGGCUGCCACUGAGGCCGAGCUGAAGGAGAAGUGCGCCGAGCUGGACGCUCUGAGGGGCCAGCAGCAGACCGCUGCUCCUGAGGAGAGCCCCGCCACAGAGGAGCCUGAUUCGUCAGCAGAGGUGGAGCAGCUCCAGAGCGCCUUGGGGGAGAAGGACGUUCAGGUGACUGCCCUGGAGGCGGAGCUUAACCAGCUGAAGGAGGAGCUUGAGCAAGUCAAGGGUGCCAAAACGGAGGCAGAGGAGGCGGGAGAGGCUGAGCAGCCAUUUGAGAAUCUGGAGAAGGAUGCACGUAUGAUCACUCUGGAGGAGGAGCUGCAGCAGCUGAAGGAGGAGAUGGAGCAGGCGAAGAACAAGAGCAACGAGUUGAGGGAGAAGAACUGGUCAGCGAUGGAGGCUUUGGCUACAGCUGAGAAGAUGGGUGAGGACAGACUGACUCAGGCCAAGGGUACACUGGCUGAGGCUGAAAGACAGCUGAGUUCUUUCCAAACAGAAGCCAAGAGCGCCUUGCAGACACUCUUCCCACAGGUUGCCGUAGAAACCGAUCAGAAUAAUUGGCUGGAGGAGUUCACUGCUAAAGCCCAGGAGGUGCUCAGAGACAGCCUGCCCAGUCAGGAGGUGCAGCAGGGGAGCGCCUCAUCCACAGAGCUGCCGGAGCUGCUGUCUAAGCUCCAGCAGGCUGAGGAGUCUCAGCGGAUACUCAAGGCUGAGUGUGACCAGUACCGCACCGUGCUGGGAGAGACGGAGGGUAUGCUGAAGCAGCUGCAGAAGAGUGUGGAGGAAGAGGAGCAGGUCUGGAAGGCCAAGAUGGCCGAGGCAGAGGCGCAGCAACAGGCGGCCCUGGAUCAGGUGAAGGCGCUGGAAGAGGCUGCGGAGGCCGUGAGGACGGAUGGCCAGAGCGCAGAGCAGCUGAAGGAGCAGCUGAUGCUUCUAGAGGCCCAGCUGGAGAAGCAGCUGGAGUCCGUGACCUUCAGCCAGACGUACGCUGAGGAGAUCACUCAGCUGAAGACGUCGCUGUCGGAGUCUCAGGCCCAGCUGGCAGCCGCCCAGGCAGAAGCCCAGAAACAGACAUCUGACCUCACCGCGGUGAGGCAGCAGCUGAGGGAGGCGACUGAGCGUGUGCAGAACGAGGACUCCUCCCACUCUCCGGGGUCAGAGGUCACACAGGUGCAGAGCCAGCUUGAGGAGACGGUGGGGAAACUACAGACCGAGGAGGCCAUGAAACAGCAGCUAGCCGAGAGCUAUGAGCAGGCUCAGAGGUGUGUGACGGACCUUCAAGCCCAGCUGGACUCUCUGAAAGCAGAGGGAGAUGGACCCACAACCGAGCUGAAGGAGCGCCUGGACAAGGAGAAGAGGCUGACGAGAGACCUGGGCCAGGCGGCCACCAAGCUCCAGCAGCUCCUCAGGGCCACACAGGAGCAGCUGGCCAGGGAGAGGGAGGCCAUCAGGAGCCUGCAGCAGGGGGAAGGACAGGCCAAGGAGCCAGAAGAACCGAAGGAGGGGACCUCUGUCUAAACGGGACCGGAGGAGGAGCACCACCCGAGGGAGAAAGGAGAGAAAGAAGGGAAGA